GAGUGCACGAGGACUCACUUUUUAACAAUUCACUCAACGUUCUCGGAACAUUCGAACGCGCGCGACGCUUCGGUACACGAACCGAAGAAUUAAACAAGAUUUUUUCAACUCCGUAACAACUUUAUCUUAAUUACCGCUUGUUUUUAACGACAGAAAACUUGGGUUCGUUUGACAUUUACCGAUUUCAACAUCAAAGGAGAAGGAUUUAACGGCCAUUUUCACCUCAACGCUAAUUUAAUUAUAUGUUUCCAACAUUUUAAAUCAAUUUUUUUUUAGCUACUCCGUUCUUAUAUUUCACCUGUUGCUUCACUUUUAACGACAUUUUGACGUUUGCACCGGCUCCGUGACGUCGUGCUGAGAUGAGGUUUCAAACCGCUGCCAAAGGUGGAUAUUAGCUUGUGCUUUUGUCCAGAACCGGACAGGGACCAGGACUAGGACCAGAGUGGACUGUGUUUGUGUCCCGGGUUAAAGGAGGAAGAUGUUGACCCGGGUCAGCCUGGUUCUGCUGUCCUGGUUCUGUAUAUGGAGCCAGGGUCAGCUCUUGGAUUAUGAGAGCUGGGCGGACCAGGCGGCAUUGUCUAACGGUCUCUGUCGCUAUGGCAACAGUGUGGAGUGUUGCUGGGGCUGGAGACAGAUGGAUCGAGGGCGCUGUCGGCCUCACUGUCAGCAGGGCUGUAAACAUGGAGAGUGUGUCGGACCAGACAGAUGCAAAUGUCACCCGGGAUACACCGGCAAGGCCUGUAACCAAGAUCUAAAUGAGUGUGGUCUGAAGCCUCGGCCCUGUAAGCAUCGCUGCAUGAACAUACCGGGCAGCUACAAGUGUUACUGUCUGGACGGAUACACACUGCAGCCAGACGGCAGCUGCAGGAACGCUCGAACCUGUUACCAUGCCAACUGUCAGUACGGCUGUGAGGUGUCCAAGGGGGCGGUCCAGUGCACCUGCCCAUCACCUGGGUUACGGCUGGGACCUGAUAGACGCACCUGUGUCGACAUUGAUGAGUGUGUGUCGGGCGGCGGUGUGUGUCCUCGUCACAGGAAGUGUGUGAACACGUUUGGGAGCUUCAUGUGUAAAUGUCACCUUGGCUUCAAACUCACGUACAUCAAUGGACGGUACAUGUGCAUUGAUAAAGACACGAGGCCGUUCUGCUCUCUGAACCCAUCCUCUCCAAAGUGCAGGUGUAAAGACGGCAGCUGUAAAGCUGUUCCCAAAGUCACUCUGGAGCCACAGAGACCAAGAACUACAACUCCCAUCACCACCACCACCACUGCUACUACUCCUCCUCCUCUUACUACUAUGACUACAACUCCGCCUGUUAUCACGACAACCAUCGCAGCAACUACCCCAGCUUCUUCUACAGCUGCUACUAAGACUGAAACAACCACUCCAACACCUACUGCUACUACUACUACUUCUGCUGCUACUACUACUGCUGCUACUGCUACUACUACUACUACUACUACUACUACUACUGCUGCUACUACUGUUACUACUACCACUGCUGCUACUACAGCUGUUAGUACUACUGCUUCUACUACAGUUCCAAGUACAACACUUCCUACUGCUACUACCACAACAACACCCCUUACUUCAACUACUAUUCCAAGUACAAUGACACCUGUUACUACGACGCAACCUCCCCCUCUGCCUACAACUGAGCUGGAGACUACAACUCCAACAAAUCCUGCCACUAGUACAACCAUUACUACUGCCACUACAACGGUUGCCCCGACAACCCCAAUGCAGCCCACAACCAUCGCCAUGGUAUUGACCACACUGAACAACAGGAUCAACAAGGAUGUGACACACAAACAGAGAGGAGACGUGCACAUCCCUCGACAUCCCGAUCACAACAACCACGUGUGGGAGUUUGACAUCGAGCUGGGAAACACCGCCGAAGAUGCCAGAGACGAUCCAGAGGCUGGCGUGCUUCACUGUACCUUCGAUCAGGGAGUGUGUGAUUGGCUGUCAGACAGAGACGGAGAUCUUCACUGGGAAACUUCUCUCAACCCUGCAGGUGGGCGGUACCUGUCUGUCCCACAGCUGAAGGUGGGACAAAGGAGCAUCCGUGGCGCCCGAUUGGCUGUCCAAAUUGUCCCACCCUGGAGCCUUGGUGACCUGUGUUUCUCCUUCUCCCAUUGGCUGACGGGGCAUCAUGUGGGUGUGCUGCAGCUGUUCACCAGGAAGAAGGGGCGGGACCAAAGGUAUAGCCCUGCCCUCUGGAGCAGGACAGGUGGGCAUGGUUGGAGACACACGCAGGUUACCUUGACGACACACUCUCUGGACAGGGUGGUGUUAAAGGCUGAGCGGAGGCGGGGACGGCGUGGACAGAUCGCUGUUGAUGAUGUCACACUGAGACAGGGGGCGUGUAGAUGACAUCACUGCAGUACGAGGACCACACUGCUGUUUUCAGUGUCUCGGCCCUUAAACUGUAAAUCCUGCGAACGUCACGUCGACUUGUCAAACUGAAGGAUGAUAAACACCAGCGGGGUUGACAGAGGGUGAAGAUCCUGUGACCUUCGACCUGGAAACUGUCAGUCAGCAGAUGAAAGUGAAGCAGCAGGUUAAAACCAAACGGUCAGAGUCAAACAUUCAUAGAAACUGAACUUUGUUCCUGUUCCAGUUUUAUUUUUUAACCUGAGUAUUUUCACCUGAACUUCAAGCAGGUGAGAUUUGACAUUGAUAUGUUCUUCAGUUGUGAUGAUGGCGGCUCUGACCCUCAUAUGAACCAUGAAGCUCAGGAUAAAUGAGCUUUUCACAGCUGUUUGUAUGUGGAGAAUUAAAGACGUUUCUCCACCAGGGGCAGAAACAUCUCAGCCGGUGCAGUUUUAUCAAGUCUAAUUAGCCAUGAGUCAUUUAUGAUUAAUAUCAAAUCAGUGACAGAGUCUUUGUGUCAGUACAUUGUUUAAAUGACAGUCUUGCACGGGGGUGUACAGGAGAGGACUAGGGCCACAUGGGAACUUUUUUUGUUCAAUCUCAGAAUUCUGAGAAAAAAGUCAAAAUUCUGAGAUUAAAUAAUAAUAAUAAUAAUAAAAAACGUUUUACAUGUGGCCUUAAUCCUCCUCUGUACACCCCCAUGCAGGACUGGGAUCCGAGCAGCUUCACAACAAUUAAAGACACGGGCCGAAGAAAUGAAACAAAAUGUUAACGAAAACACCUGAAAACAAAUAUUCAAUGUUUUUUAACCUCCGACUAAAGUUUGCUCUGGUCCAGUUUGUAAACUCGUACCUGCUCCACAAAGCUAAAGGGUCCAAGCCCCCCUUAUAUUUCAUAUACUGUCGCCCCCCAGUGGUCACGGGCGUAACUGCAUCUUGAUGACGAGCGGUAUGUUCGUCUGAACUUCUUCUUCUUUUGUCUUAGAAACGUCUGAUUUCACCAAAAUAAUGAAUCUGUGUUAAGAGAUUAACAGCUGAGAGAAAGAACAUUAAUUAACCUUCUCUGAAGUUUUUGAUUUUUUAUUUCUUGUGUGUAAAUAUCUGUUGAGAGACCAGAUGAGUGGUUUUGU